CUUCCUUCCUGGCAGCGGAGCUCUCGCACAAUAACAAGCGUGCCGUGGCAAGAUGGCGAGUGAGGAGGAAGCUGGAGCUCCAGCCGAGGUCAUCCCGCUUUCUUUCUCCUCCUCCGCUUCUCCCGGUGGUGUCAGUGGCUUGGAUGCCUUGUUCCCAGCCGGUGAAGAGAGCCCGGAGUUGCGGCGUCUGCGCGAGAGUCUGCAGGCGCUGCUGGGCCGCUAUGAGCCGCUGGUGCUAUGGUUGCAGCGACUGCUGGUGUGGGAGAGGCCGCUGCACAGCAUCCUCCUGGCUUGCGCUCUCAACGGCGUCUUCUGGCUCCUCUCUUCCACUCCUCUCAGGCCUUUCUUCUUACUGAGUUUGUCCAUGUUGGGAAUAGUAUUAAUGGAGAGGUGGAAACACAAUCUGCUCCCCAUCAUCAUAGCUCAACCUCAAGAAGAUUCUGCUCAAGAAAGGGAAAGUGUGGUUGACCAUCCUCAGCUCCUUAGUGUACCUGAAUUGUGCCACCAUCUGGCUGAGAGUUAUUUGACUUUUAAUCUUUAUGCUCAAGAGAUGAUCCAGUACAAGAGGCAGAACCCUGGCAAGUUCUGUGCCUUUGUCUGUGCUGGAUGUUCUUUAUUUGCUGUAACUGGUCACUACAUACCAGGAAUCAUGAUCUCAUACAUAAUAUUGCUAAGCGUACUCCUGUGGCCUUUGGUUGUGUAUCAUGAGCUAAUUCAGAAGAUGUAUACAGCUCUUGAGCCUGUGCUUAUGAAGUUAGACUACAGUAUGAAGGGUGGUGCACAGCAUCGCAAACACGAGAAAAAAAAAAUAAAAAAAGAGCCUGAAGGAGAAGACGAACCAAUGGCCGAAACAGAAAGUGACAGUGAAGAAGAGUUGUCCUGUUUCUCACCAACUGUGGAUGUGAAAACAACUGCUUUGGCCUUAGCCAUUACUGAUUCAGAAUUAUCUGAUGAAGAAGCUUCUAUUCUUGAAAGUGGAGGAUUUUCAGUGUCUAGAGCAACUACUCCACAGCUUACUGAUGUGUCUGAAGAUCUUGAUCAGCAGAGCAUAAAUAGUGAACCUGAAGAAACAUUUUCAAAAGACUUGCCAGAGUUCCCCUCAAUGGAUGAGUAUGUGUCAAAUGAGCAAGGCUGUGUCCAGACAGUUUGUGGAAAGGAGGAGGAGGAAGACAGAACAGAUGGAGGAAUUGGGGUUCCUCUGCAUCCUCAUAUUGAUGAACCAAGUGACUCAGAGUCAACUGUUGCUAGCUUUCUUGUUCAGAGACUGGCUUCCCCGCUUCAUUUUGUUAAUACACAUUUCAAUGGACAUAGUAGGCCUGUUGAAGGUGAAUAUCAGCAAGUAGGAUCAACAGGUCUUGGUCUAACUCUUGAAGCACUAAGCGAGGAAAUUGUUAGUAAUGCAAUUUCUGCUGUGGUCCAGAACACAUUGUCAGCUCUACUUCGUUCGUCUGAAGAUAGUGAAGGACCCUCUAUAGCAGAGUUUUUGCCCCAGGAGUCCCAGGAGAAUCUCCUUUCUCAUAUGUCAGAGACUGAGUUAAAGAGGGAGAAAGAAGCAACAUCCAUUGAGGAAGAGGACUUUGAGCUUCUAGACCAGAAGGAGCUGGAGCAAAUGGACACAGAGCUUGAAUUGUAUGUGCACAACAAUCCAGCAGAACAGGAACUUUCCUUUGAUAACAAUGCACUUGACCAAGUGUCUAAAGGCAAAGAGUGUUAGCUAACUAGAAAACACUAUAAACUGAAGCGCUUAGAUUU